UGCGCUAGCCGCGUGUUAUACUACAGGAAUGAUUCCUUCUCGACGCAAACACCACCCCACUUCACCUCCAUCGCCUCCGCAGAUCUCAUCUCACCCCUGGGCCUGUGAUUCACAUCACUUCACUGUCCGGCGGCGACUGAGUACUGACAUGGGUUCCCUGCUGAUACCACUGUUGGGCAGUGUGGCCGCCAAGGCCGGCGACGCGCUGGUGGGCGAGCUGCUGCGGGCGUGGGGGCUCGACAAGUCACACCGCAAGCUUGAGCGCCACCUCGCCGCCGUCCAGCACAUCCUGCUGGACGCCGACGUCAAGAGCCGCACCAACCCCGCCGUCCGCCGGUGGAUGACGGACCUCAAGACCGCCGCCUAUCGUGCUGACGACGUCCUCGAUGACUUCCGCUACGAGGCGCUGCGACGCACGGCCGCACAGAUCCGCCCCUACUACACGGCACGCAAGAUGCUGAGCUACUUCACCACCACCAGCCCGGUUAUUUUCCGCCUCUCCAUGAGCAGAAAGAUGAAAGAUGCCCUUGAAAUGAUAGAUGAACUUGUUGUGGAGAUGAAUAAUUUCCAUUUCCUACAACAUGCUGAUGCACCAACCAUUGAUCAACUGCAAACGCACUCUCAUGUCAAUGAAUCAGAGGUAAUCGGCAGACAAGAUGAGAAGGAACAAGUGGUGAAGAUAUUGCUCGAUCACUCCAAGAACAGCAACGAUGAUAAUAGUAAUGUGAUGGUUCUCCCCAUAGUUGGUAUGGGGGGAAUUGGUAAGACUACCCUUGCCCAACUUGUGCACAAUGAUCAGAGGGUGAAGCAUCAUUUUGAGUUGGUCUUAUGGGUCUGUGUCUCUGACAAAUUCGUUGUUGAAGAAAUCGUCAGAUCUGUAAUUGAAGUGGCCACCAUGAAGAAGUGUGAUUUGACUCAGAUGGAGGCACUGCAGAAGAAACUGGGUGAAGUAUUGGGCAAGAAAAGGUACCUCCUAGUGCUGGAUGAUAUUUGGAAUGAAGAUAGACAUAAGUGGAAUGAUAUGAGAUCUUUGUUAUGCUCACAAGCUUGCUCGGGCAGUGCUAUAACUGUCACAAGCCGUAGUGAUCAAGUUGCUUCUAUCAUGGGCACACAUCCUUCACAUCAGAUAUCACUUCUAAAUGAUGACCAGUCAUGGGAGAUUUUUCACAAAAACGCAUUUGGAAGGGAAGUGAAGAAGCAAGAGGAAUUCAUUUCAAUGGCUAAGAGUAUUGUCCUUAAGUGUAAGGGGUUGCCUCUUGCCAUCAAGACUAUAGCAACUUUACUUCGUUCCAAGAAUCACAGUCAGUGGAUUUCUAUUGUUGAUAGUGAUGUAUGGAAGAGUGACAUCCUCGCAAGUGGGAUUGUACCCGCCCUACAGCUGAGCUAUGAUCACUUGUCAUCAGAAGAAAGAAUAUGUUUUUCCUUCUGUGCUAUUUUUCCAAAGGAUAGCCUGAUGGAUAAAGACAUGUUAAUCCAGCUAUGGAUGGCAAAUGACUUUAUUGCAUCAGAAGCAAGAGGCCGAGAAAUUUUUGAUGUGCUAGUUUGGAGAUGUUUCCUACAAUAUGUGGAGAUUCAAAACACACAAUCAUUUAAUUAUGGGAUCAUCCAUCGAUCAAUUACUUGCAGGAUGCAUGAUCUCAUGCAUGAUCUUGCUCACUCCGCAAGCGGAAAAGAUUGCUCCAUUAUGCAAGAAUAUUCAUCAAGUCAAGAAAUUCUGAAAGGAUCCACAAAUUCUAGUUCAUUACAGCAGGAGGUUCGACAUUUGUCACUUGAUUAUGUCUGUAAUUAUACUAUGGCAGCCAUGAAGGAAAUUCUAGCUCCCCGGCCCCGCACGAUAUUAGUCUUACGCUGGACUGCAAUUCAUUUGAGUAUGGCCAAGUCAAAUUUCAUGUCAUUACGAGCAUUGAAGACACUCUCAAUCAAGACACAUAUGAAGAACUUGAAGCAUCUUCGGUAUCUAGAUUUGUCAAAUUCUGAUAUAUCUGAAUUGCCUGAAGCCACUACCAAGUUGUAUAGCUUGCAAGCUUUGAGGCUUACUGGUUGUAAAAAACUUAAUAAAUUACCAGAAGGCAUGAGAUAUAUGAGCAGUCUUCGUCACAUCUUCCUCCUUGGGUGUGAUCGAUUAAAGCACAUGCCACAUGGUAUUGGUCAACUGAAUUCUCUACAGACGUUGACGAAUUAUGUUAUUGAUAGUGACAUAGGCCGUGGAAUUGAUCAACUGAAAGAUUUGAAUCUAGGGGGUGGUCUUUCUUUGACAGAGCUGAGAAAAGUGUAUACUACAGAAAAUGCUAAACAAGGCAAUAUAUCUGCCAAGCAUAACCUGAAACUAUUGUCACUCGAUUGGUCUGGACCUUACAACACAAGCGAUGGAGAUGAAGUAGAUACUAAUGCAGAAGGAAUAUUAGAUGCCCUCCGUCCUCACAAAAAUCUUGAAGCUUUACGGUUAUGUGAUUAUACCGGUGCCAAAUUUUCAUCAUGGAUGCACGACUCUACACUCUUAGAACAUCUCAGUGAACUUUAUCUGAGAAGAUGCAAGAACUGCAAGGAUCUUCCACCAUUAUGGCAGCUGCCCUCUCUCAGGUACUUGAGUUUGGAAGAUUUGAAUAACUUGACCAGUAUAUGUGUUAGUAACGAUGAUACAGACAAUGUAGAAUCCUGUAUUUCUCCAGCACCCUUCUUCCCUAAAUUGGAAACCAUGAUAGUUACUGGCAUGCCUAAGCUGGAGAGAUGGCAUCGGGAGGUGGCAGGAGAAGUAGCGGAUGUAUUAUUCCCUCGGUUGAAUAAGCUAGAUAUUUCCUGGUGCCCAAUGCUAGCAAGCAUGCCAAAGAUGCUCCCUUUGCUUGAAGAUCUAUUGAUGAAGGAGGCAAGAGACAUCCCCAUUUACCAUCUGUUGAAUUUGGCUGUGCAAUCUAAUCUUGAGUGUAAAUGUGUCAUUUCAGUGGAACCUAUAGUUGGUUGGCGACCUAUUGACAUUCAUUUAUCUAGGCUUGGUCACUCUUCUGUGAGACUGAAUCUCAAUGGUUUGAUGGACAAUGCAGAGCUCUUUGAAGAGGACCUGGACAGAGCCCCUUGCAGAUUUAUUAAGUACCUAGAGAUAAUAGAUUGUGGUUGUCUUUUCCCAUCCCAAGUGCAAAGCAAUAUAUGGAACCAUUUUGGUUUUGUUGAAGGAAUGUGGAUUUCAGGCAUCAAGACGGUAGAAUUGGGAAACUUGAAUCGUCUUGGAGAUCUUCACUUGUCCGGGUGUUCCAAAUUAACUGGUUCAUUUCCAUCAACAAUAUCUGAUGGCGAAAAUCUCCUACUUCCUCUACUCGAUAGACUUGUAAUUACGAACUGUGAGAAUUUGGUGGAAGUUCCAGAGUUGCCUGUAUCUCUUGAAAAGUUGUUCAUCUCUAUUUGUCCCAAGCUCGUGUCCAUGGUAACUAUCCGGAAUGCCAACAAAUUGAAAGCAUUGAGUGUGAUUGAUUGUGACGCCCUGAAGACAUUUGCAGCUGGAAUUUAUAGAGUGUCUGCACUCAGGAUACUAGAAAUUCAGCGAUGCCCAAGGAUAGAGACAGUACCGGAGGGACUCUUGCAGCAGUUCCCAACCCUCGACAUGCUAUGGAUCAGAGACUGCCCCAACUUGGAGGAGGCAUUCUCGAGAGGAGGCGCUUACUGGAAUUGGGUUGAAGCAAUUCCAAACAGAUAUGUUGGCGCUCAAGAUCAGUCCAUGGACCCAUGCACUAAAUGCUUCCCUUGUCAGUGAUUAUAGGAUUAUUUAUGCGUUCGAGGAUUGAUGUCAUUUCUGCUCUAUUUUCACCAUGAUAUUAUGGCAACCCUGCUUGCUUGUUUCAUAGUUAAAAAACAAGUACACUGAUGAUGGGCUAGAGAAUUGAAACGUGGAGGAUGCUUGUUUCCUGGCCUGGCCACUGAUGAUAUUUGAUUCACGCAGGGGCGUUGCCGGGCAGCGGGGUGUAGUGGUUCCGUCCUACCACUGGAGUCCCAGGAUUCUAUGAGUGCCGCCAUUGCCGGGGGUCGCGCGGACGGCAAAGAACAGCCAUGUCGAGAUGGAGCCUGAUAUGAGGUGUCAGGUGUGCUCUGAAACCACGAGUGGCUGGACACGAAGGUUGUCGUUUUGCCGUGUCAAACCCUUUUCUGCUGGAUGUGUGUUCAUGCGGCGGAGCCCGGAACACCGGCUUUGAGGUGUGCUCAGAAGCUACAAGCGGCUGGACAAGGAGAGGACAGUUUCAUUGAGAGCUAACCUGCCAAUUGAGACGCAUGCCAGUAAUGUUUACAUCCGGGUGAUUUUUGAUAAAUCUGAUGAUGCUCUGUACAGAGCCGGGUGCAUAUGUGCUGGACGAACUAGAACUGAAUAUAUGUCUGCAUUUCGAUUUUACAGUGUCUAAGUGCUAGUAAUGUACAGAUUUGCUGCAGAUUAAUUAGUUGGUCUAUAGUACUACGACGUGGUAACUUGAUUAUCUCCCCUGACUAAUUAUCUGAACAUUGUUAUGGUGCGAUAAUCUGUUA